CACCUGAGACGAGUAGACCCAUACAUGGUUGAAGUGAAGCUGGAUAGUAAGUUUGUUAACUUUGAGAUAGACACUGGCUGUAGUCUCACAAUAAUGAAUGAACAGACAUUUCAAAGACUAUGGAAAGACACAAAAAGUCCAUGUUUGAGACCAACCAAAAUCCACAUCGAGUCUUAUACAGGUGACCCUGUUAAUGUGGUCGGAGCUGCCCUUGUUAAAGUGAAAUACAAACAUCAAAGGCGGUACCUGCCCCUCAUUGUGGUUAAAGGGGACGGCCCCAGCCUGCUGGGAAGAGGCUGGCUGGAGGAAAUACAUCUGAGUUGGAAAGAAAUCAAGCUCAGACACAAAUCCCGAGUCCUGAAACACCUGAAGACAGAGGACAAAUCGCUGCAGCAAGUACUGAGCAAACAUGAAAAUGUCUUCAAAGAGGAGCUUGGCACACUGAAAGGUAUGAAAGCUACCAUCCAUGUAAAGGCUGAUGCAGUCCCUCGUUUCUUCCGUCCGAGGUCUGUCCCGUACGCCAUGCGCACCAAAGUAGAUGAAGAAAUAGACAGAUUGUUGAAAGAAGGAGUAAUCUCACCUGUUAAACAUGCAGAAUGGGCAGCACCAGUGGUUCCAAUACUGAAGCCUGUUGGGACAGUAAGGCUAUGUGGAGACUACAAGCUCACUGUAAAUACAGUUUCCUCACUUGAACAAUACCCCAUACCCCGAAUGGAAGACCUGUUUGCAGCACUGACAGGAGGAAAACAGUUCACAAAGUUGGACAUGAGUCAUGCAUACCAGCAAAUACUCAUGGAUGAUGAAUCAAAGAAAUACUUAACAGUGAAUACGCACAGAGGCUUAUUCACAUACAACAGACUGCCUUUUGGAGUAGCAUCAGCCCCAGCUAUAUUUCAGAGGACAAUGGAAGGUCUCCUGCGAGGCAUUCCUUUUGUGGCAGUGUAUUUAGAUGACAUCCUGGUGAGCGGUGUGGAUGAGGAAGACCAUCUGCAGAACCUCGAGACAGUGUUGGCAAAGCUGGAGGAGGCAGGAUUGCGUCUGAGAAGGAGCAAGUGCACUUUCCUGGAAGAGGAAGUGGAAUAUCUGGGACAUCGAGUGGACGCACAGGGACUUCACCCUGUGGAAAAGAAAGUCAAAGCCAUCAUGGAGGCUCCCAACCCCACAAAUGUUACUGAACUCAAGUCGUACUUAGGUUUGCUAAAUUACUAUAACAAAUUUCUGCCAAACUUAGCUACACUAUUGGCACCACUGCAUGAGCUCCUGCGACAAGAUGUGCGAUGGACAUGGCAAAAGAAACAGGAAGAGGCUUUUAAAAAAUCAAAGGCCCUGUUAAACUCAGCAGAAGUGUUGGUGCAUUACUCUGCUGACCGAGAGUUAAUUAUGUCAUGUGAUGCGUCACCUUACGGGGUGGGCGCUGUUUUAUCACACGUAAUGGACGAUGGAACUGAACGUCCUUUGGGGUUCAUGUCGCGUACCCUAGCGCCUGCUGAAAAUAAUUACUCACAGCUAGACAAAGAAGGCUUAGCAGUUAUAUUUGGAAUCAAGAAAUUCCACAAGUACUUGUAUGGUCAAACUUUCACCAUCUAUACAGAUCACAAGCCACUAAUCUCUCUCUUCAACGAAAAGAAACCCGUUCCACAGAUGGGUUCCCCUAGAGUUCAGAGAUGGGCAGUGCACCUGAGUGCCUAUGAGUAUCACAUUGUGUACAAACCAGGAAAGAACAACGCUAAUGCGGACGCAUUAAGCAGACUGCCGAUGUCGGAAGAUGUGCGAGAGAGUGAGACCGCAGAACAAGUGCUCAUGAUUGAUCUUCUGGAUGACACACUCGUGGACACAGCCAAAAUAAAACACUGGACAGCUAAGGAUGUAAUAUUGUCUCAAGUUCAUGGUUAUGUCCUGUCGGGAUGGCCUUCACUGACUGAGGCUCCUCUCAAGCCGUAUCAUCAGAGGAGAGAAGAACUGAGUGUGAGGGAUGGCUGCGUGCUAUGGGGAGCCAGAGUCAUCGUACCAAACAAAGGCAGGGAAAAGAUAUUGAAAGUACUGCACCAAACACAUUCCGGCAUGUCAAAGAUGAAAGGUCUGGCUAGAUCUUAUGUAUGGUGGCCGGGGAUGGACCAGGAUGUAGAAAAGGAAGUGCAGUCUUGUGAGGAGUGCCAAAAGCACCACAAGUCACCACUAUCAGCACCAUUACAUCCCUGGGAGUGGCCGGAGUCUCCCUGGACGAGAAUUCAUGUGGACUAUGCAGGCCCCUUCCUGGGAGAGAUGUUUCUACUGAUAGUGGAUGCUCACUCAAAAUGGAUGGAUAUUUAUCCAGUGAAGUCAGCUACAUCACAGGUGACCAUUGAAAAGCUGACACCUGCAGCAGUAUACAAAGUAAUUCAAAUUAGCUCAACCUUUACCAGCAGUGAUGAACACAUUAAUGCUUGA